ACGCCAGGACCUCUGCCAUCCAGGCUGUAUGGCAUGGAACAUAAGUGCUGGUCCACGUGUUCCAUGACCACCACCAAUACCAUUGACCUAUUUAUUACCUUUGUGCCAACUGCAGGGCCGCAGAGUAGCAGUAGCUCCAUGGCAACCCCAAAGACCUCACCAGAGCAUCCUACAGUCACUGCCGCUGGGGUCAAAGGGCGCGAUACAACAGGAGGAGUAGUGGGAGUCAUUGUGGUUAUCGUUGUCGUGGUGAUUGUGGUGGUUGUCGUGGCGAUACUUGUGGCAUACUUUUCCAUCCGGCGAAAGGCCAACCAACAAAAUCCACAAUGUUGGUACACAGAGGAGCCAUUGUAAGAACUCCAUCCCUCCCCCUUCACAUCUGCCCC